AUGUCACGUAAUAAUAAUUACCAAGCAACAUCGUCAACUCCAUCGACUACAAAAGACUCGUUUUCUUCUCAACAAAAAGAUAUUGUUUGCACUGACUGUGGUGGUAUAUCUCCAACGAAAGUUCAGCAAUUAUUAUCGACACUCGAAGGUACAAUACCAUUCUCAACAAAUGUCUUUCCGAAACCGAUGAAAUCUCGCCCAACUCACCGGAAAAAGUGCAAUUUGACGCAGAAAAAGAAGAAUUCUGCACGUAACAAUAGUCAAAAAAGUUCCUUUCACCGAACUGUGAAAAAGAAAGUCGCGACAAAACAACGUCGAUUAACUAAAAAACACAAUCGAUCAUCCUUAACGUCACGAAAUAACAACAGCCGAAUUCGAUCAAAAACAUCAUCUAAAAACUAG